GUCAAUCGAGGCGUUGUUUUCAAUGAAAUGAUUAACACAUUUAUAUAGUAAUACAAAACACGAGUCAAACACCGCUAGUCUCUAACCAUCGAUGAACCAAAAGAAGAUAAUGCAGGCGUCGUCCAUACAAUCAAACCAAUUAAUGCCAGCCGAAGAUCAAUGGAUACCAUUGUUGACACAGCGAAGGCAUACAAGCGAUUUCUUGUGGAUUACUUGUCACGACUGGAAGUGCUCGUCAUUUAAGUAUUCAAAACACCGGACGCCCGAAGCCAUCGCUGAAGAAGUAUACAAAUCGGAGAUUAUUCAGGAACUAUUGCGACAAAAUCCAAGAAUCAAGAAGAGAAUCGAUACAAUUCUGGUGGAAAUGUGUCACACAUUUUCCUUAAGAUACGUACGAUUUGUUGGCUAUUUUUUGACCAAAAUUAUGAAAUCUAUUUACAAGAAUGUCUUUGUCGACAAUCAACUUGUAUUGUCCGCCAAUUCUGUGUACUUCCAGAAAAAUUCUACUUUAAGUUUAAGCCAAACGAUCAAUGGUUUGGCUAAAGAGUGUCCCAUACUAUACGUGCCAUCACAUCGAAGUUACGCCGAUUUUCUCAUAUUUUCUUUUGCCUGUUUCUCACUGGACAUACCAUUGCCAUCAAUAGCCGCCGGAAUUGAUUUCUUAGCUCUCAAUCAAAUCGCUUCAUUGUUGAGAUGUUGCGGUGCUUUCUUCAUCAGACGUUCGUUCAAACAUUCAUCGGAUGGACUCUAUUGGCAUAUAUUUCGUGCAUAUCUUCAGAGUUUAAUCCACGGUUCAGAACAACCGCUUGAAUUUUUCAUUGAAGGAACUCGUUCAAGAAGUGGUAAAUCACUUUAUCCAAGAACCGGUCUCCUAAGUGUUGCAUUGGAACUAUUCUUUAGGGGACAAAUACCAGAUAUUAUGAUUAUUCCUGUUUCACUAUCAUAUGAAAGAGUUCUAGAAGAAGGUUUAUACGCUAAAGAGUUGCUACCAGUGGACACAUCGACAGGAAAACCGCCCGAAACGGCCCGGAAUUUGUUGAGCGGUGCCAAUGCUGUUCUGUCGCAAAACUUUGGAUCAGUUUAUAUUCGAUUUUGUCAGCCAAUCAGUGUACGAGAGUUGAGUCAAUCGCAUGAUAUCAGACUUAGUCAUACACUUGAUUCCCGUUGUGAUCCAAAUGCACAGCAAACGCAACAAGAAUUAGAUUUUGUAAUGGAUUUAUCAAAAGACAUAAUAAGAGCACAACAAAUGAAUUUUGUAUUUUCGCCGUUCAGUUUGGCGGCACUGGUAUUCUUAGCCAAUAUCGAUGAUAAUAUGUUUACCAUACAUGAGCUGAUUCAAGAUAUGGAAAAUUUAAGUUCUCUAUUGAAUCCAAGAAAUUUAAGCUUCGCUUUAGACGACGACAAGACAUUAGUCAGUGAACUAUUGGAUUCAUUUGAUGUCCACUCAAAUAUCGUUAAACUAGCCGAAGACAAGACCACUGUUUUAUUGGACACAACUAAUCCAUUACUUAAAGUUUAUUUACAACAAUACGCAAAUCAAUCGAUGCAAUUGUUGAUCGAUUACGGGAUCAUACUCUACACUAGUCGUGAUUAUUAUCGGUUUCAACGAAUCAAAUGGUUUUUAUCGCGCGAAUUCAUCUACAAGACAUCGGAGGUCAACGAUAGCUAUAUUUUGGCCAACUUUGUCAUUGAACAGCCGUUAACCGACCGAAUUAAGAGAGUAUUAACAUUUCAAAUUGAUUUCUACAUUAAUAGCUAUCUAUCAAUAGCUAAAUGGUUAAUAAAACAGUAUUACGAACAGUCUAGUCAUGAAACUACUGGUGAUGUCAACAACGAUACGAAAAGUUUGGUUAAAAAGAUUCAAAAAGAUUUACGAUUGACAUCGGAUUUAAUACAAAAUUGUUUAAACAUUUUCAUUAAAUCCGAUGCACUGUCCAAACUAAUUGAUAAUAAAUUACAAGUCAAUGAAACUAAACUGAUGGUCAUUAUAGACGAAUUAAGUCAAUUGUCUCGUCUGUGGCCACAACAGAACAACAACAAUAACCAGUCAAAUGUUGAUCUCUUUGCCAAUAAUUUUGGUUAUAAAUCCAAUUUAUAA